UCUUUCCUCUGGGUGCGCUGUCCCUUUAAAUGGGGGACGCUGGUGCUGGCUCCGUAACACCGGAGCCGGCAGCUUGUUGAUUUCAGAGCUGGUGAAUUUCACAUUGUUUCCACUUCACUUUCCUCGCCCGGGGGAGGCUCGGGUUGGCUCUACAACCGCUACCGCAGUUGCCAGCUAGGUCCAGGGGAGAGCAGAGACCUGCAGCAUCUGGGCCGGCGUGGGGCCGCAGGGAAGGGUGUCGGGGCCACACACGCACUCUCGCUGCAGUCCAGAUCCUUCUGAAGCCCGGACGCCCGGAGCGCACCGAGCCGGAACCGCCCGCCUAGACGCCCGCCCGCCAGCCAGCCCGCCCGCCCACGGGCCGGGGUCACAGCCAGGGAGCCGGCGAGGGGAGGAGGCCCAGGGGGGCUGGGUGGGGGGGCGGGGGUGGGUGCUGCUGCUGCCGCGGAGCUGCUACUCGGCGCGUUUUGUAUGAAGAUGGCGGCUCCCACCGCCAGCAAGGCAGCCUCCCUGGGCUGUAACAACAAGCCUGCGUUCCCGGAGCUGGAUUUCAGGUCGGGAGCUCGGGUGGAGGAAUUGAACAAACUCAUCCAAGAAUUCACGAAGCACGACCAGCGGGAAUACGACGACCAGAGAGCCCUGGAGAUUCACACAGCCAAGGAUUUCAUCUUUUCCAUGCUGGGAAUGGUGCAAAAGCUGGACCAAAAACUUCCAGUGGCCAAUGAGUAUCUAUUGCUUUCUGGAGGAGUCCGGGAAGGCGUGGUAGACCUGGACUUAGAUGAGCUUAAUGUCUACGCCCGAGGGACCGACUAUGAUAUGGACUUCACUCUUCUGGUGCCAGCCCUGAAGCUUCAUGACCGUAAUCAGCCUGUGACACUGGAUAUGCGCCAUUCAGCCUUGUGCCACUCUUGGCUGAGCCUUCGGCUCUUUGACGAGGGGACGAUCAGUAAGUGGAAAGACUGUUGCACCAUCGUAGAUCACAUCAAUGGUACCACCAACUACUUCUUCUCCCCAACCAAAGUGGCUGACUGGUUCUAUGACUCCAUCAGCAUUGUCCUAUCAGAGAUACAGAAGAAACCCCAGCGAGGGAUGCCAAAGGUGGAAAAGGUAGAAAAGAAUGGGACCAUCAUCUCCAUCAUCCUGGGUGUGGGGAGCAGUCGUAUGUUGUACGAUAUUGUCCCGGUGGUGUCUUUCAAGGGUUGGCCGGCAGUGGCCCAGAGCUGGCUCAUGGAGAACCACUUUUGGGAUGGGAAGAUCACUGAGGAAGAAGUCAUCAGUGGGUUUUACCUGGUGCCUGCUUGCUCCUACAAGGGAAAGAAGGACAAUGAGUGGCGGCUGUCCUUUGCCAGGAGUGAGGUGCAGUUGAAGAAGUGCAUCUCCAGCAGCCUCAUGCAGGCCUACCAGGCCUGCAAAGCCAUCAUCAUUAAACUCCUGUCCCGGCCCAAGGCUAUCAGCCCCUAUCACCUGCGGAGCAUGAUGCUCUGGGCCUGCGACAGACUUCCUGCCAACUAUUUGGCCCAAGAAGACUAUGCAGCCCACUUUUUGCUGGGCCUCAUUGAUGACCUGCAACACUGUCUGGUCAACAAGAUGUGUCCCAAUUACUUCAUCCCGCAGUGCAACAUGCUGGAGCACCUGUCCGAGGAGACGGUCAUGCUCCACGCGCGGAAGCUCUCCUCCGUCCGCUCAGACCCGGCGGAGCACUUGCGCACCGCCAUCGAGCACGUCAAGGCAGCCAACCGGCUGACACUGGAGCUCCAGAGACGAGGGAGCACCACUAGCAUCCCCUCCCCGCAGUCCGACGGAGGGGACCCCAACCAGCCCGAUGACCGUCUGGCCAAAAAACUGCAGCAACUAGUGACUGAGAACCCGGGGAAGUCGAUCUCCGUCUUCAUUAACCCUGAUGAUGUGACAAGGCCCCAUUUCAGAAUUGAUGAUAAAUUUUUCUGAGCGUUUUUGCUGCCUUUUUUCCCCCUCGGGUUCUAAAACUCUCAUAAUAUGUAGUGUGGUUUGUGAUGCCGUCUUUCUGUUUUUUACAUAUCCAGACUAGAUUGGAUCUGUUAAGAACACAUUUUAAGUUUCCUGGUUCUGCAGGAUGGUGCAGGCUCUGAAACAGUAUAUUACUAUUUCAUAUUCUGCCUCUGAUUUUGUUGUUUACUUUUUGUAGUUAUUACACAUUGUUUUGGUGUUUGGUUUUGUUUUUGUUUUUUUAAGGAGAACUUGAGCCAUAGAUGAAAAUACCCAUGAAUUCUCUCACUUUUUUCUGUUUCAUACUUUGUGCUUUCAUACUUUUGUUCAUGGGAGUGGGGAAACAAAUCUCUUUCUCAUGCUUCAGGAUUCUCUUAUUUUUUUGUUUUCCUUUUUUUGUCUUUAUUUUUUUUAGUGAGCGUUCAUCACCACAGGUAUUUGAAAAUCAUCUGAACCUGGGAACUACCUGGUACGUUAGUUGGAUUUAUUUCUUUCGACCAGUGGCCAGGGUAUUUUCUCCCUCUCUGCCAAACAACGUAGACUUUGAAAGUGAUAAUGCUACAAAUUGUGUUUGGAGCAACUUCAUUGAAUGUAAUUGUCCUUAAAUCAGAACUUUGGAUGGUUUGGAAGGGUGUCUUUGACAACUUUCCAGAUAGAAUUAAGGUUUCCAAAUGGUAGUUUUAGUGUGUGUAAUUAUUUGAAGCCUUAUUUAAAUCCUAUUAAAGAA